AGCUCGCGCUUGCUGCUGACGGUGGUGUCAGUCGCGUUAGCGUCCCUCGUUGUUCUGUUGCUCUCGCGUAUACACACAACUCACUUGCUCUCGUGCUAGUCAACGAGUAAGAGGUAGAGCGAGUGGAAAGCGACGCUCGUAGUGAGGUUAUGCAACUAUUGGUGGUGAGGUGCAAGUGCGUAAGAGUGAGAGAGACGGAAAGUGAAUAGCGUUGAAUCAGAGACAGAGCACGCAUACGAGCAAGAGGCUCAACAAGUGGAGGAUGAGGCCAAGCUGACCGUGGAUCGUCUGGGCUGCAUGGAGGCAGGGGGUCUGCUGCCCCGCCAGCCCCCUGGGACCUCGGACCAUCACCAUCAACAGCAGCAGCAUCUUCAGCAGCAACAGAUUAUGGGUCAAGCACCAGGUUUAGGUGACCCGUCGACGCCUAAACGGCAGGCGGUGAUUGACCGGCUUCGGAGACGAAUGGACACUUACCGCAAACGACACCAAGAGGUCGAACCAAAGUUCGAGCAGUCUUAUAACUGCAACAUCGAUCACUCGAAUCAGGAGACCCUUGUGCUCAAACAGAGAUACCUUGAUAAUAAGGCCAAGAAGCAGAGGAAACCAGAGAAAAAGCAACCCGACAAUGUUGGCGUGCAAAACAUUCAUUUGCAACAAAAAUUCCUGAAGAGGACGGCUGAUGAGCUGGAGUCGAGUGGUGGCGGCGGCGGCGGUGGGGGCGGUGCGGAGGCGGGCGGCUUCGGCGAGCCUUCGGUCAAGCUGCAAUGCACUCAAUCGACGAGCGCAACUGCGGGUCAGGGACCCAAUGGUGCCCAAGGUGGCGCGACCGCCGGCCAGGCUGGACCGCAGUCACAACAGGCACCUGGUUCGCAAGGUGUACCUGGCAGCGUAGGCAGCACGACGACUGCAGGUGCGACGGGCACCGCGACCGAGGGUCUCACCAAAUUCAGCGUCGAGAUCGUUCAACAACUGGAGUUCACCACGUCGGCGGCCAACUCGCAAGCUCAGCAAAUCUCGACGAACGUGACGGUGAAAGCACUGACCAACGCGUCGGUGAAGAGCGACCUGGUUAAUGCCACGGCGUCGCCGAAAAGCGAGCCGAACACGCCGGCGACGAACAAUAGCCGAGCUAACGGCUCGAGCGCGAGCACGCCAAAUAACGUGCAGUCGGCCACUGGCACGACGGCGCCGACCUCGGCGGACAUCAUCAGUAGUCUGGUGGAAUGCAAACAGGAGCCGGAAAAUGACUUUGAUUUGGAUGAGUGUGCCGCCGCGCUGGACAAGGAUCCGAGCUUCGAUUUCGAAGGUGGCUUCAAAGUUCCUGACGACGUCACCAUCAAGGAGAUCUUAUCCGAGAUUUCGGAUUUUCAUCCGAGCUUUAUUAACAACCUGGACUUCGAGCAGGACGUCAAGCCACCGCAAAUGCCGUCAAUGCUGCAGCCGCAACAGCAUCAGCAGCCGCUGGAGACCCAAGUAAAGAUCGAGGAUGACAAGGAUCAGGCGAUGCAACAACCGAUGUACUCGAGGAUGCCGUAUCUGUCGGAAAGCCUCAGUCCAGCGGCUCAAACGCUCAAGCAGAUGGCUGAACAACAUCAGCAUAAGACUCUUGGUUUCGGUCAACGACGGUCGCCUUACGCCGACCAGUUCACGCUGCCGACAAUUACCAAACCGUUUUACAAGAACAACGGCGGCUUUCAACCCGACGUUUUCGCUCAACGCCAGCAGCAACAGCAGCAGCAGCAGCAGCAGCAGCAACAACAACAACAGCAGCAGCAGCAGCAGCAGCAGCAGCAGCAGCAGCAGCAGCAGCAGCAGCAACAGCAGCAGCAGCAGCAGCAGCAACAACAGCAGCAACAGCAGCAGCAACAGCAUCAGCAGCAUCAGCAUCAGCAGCAGCAGGCGGCAGCGAACAAAGCUAAUAUUCUCGGAGCUGGUGGAACUGCCUACAAGCAGCAGUAUUCGCCGUACGGCAGUCCGGGUUCGGCGAUGCCCAAUCACGGCAGUCCGGGCUACCCGUUGCCGCCGAGAAUGCCGCAGGCGCAAGCUGGUGGUCAAGGCGCACAAGGGGGCUUCAACAGCUCGACACCACCGAGGCCGCCAUCCGGGCCCGAAGCUGCCAACAUUCAGAUCAAUCAAGCGCAGCAGCUCCACAUCAACAAUCCCACGCAUCAGAUUCAGGUUGGUGCUCUUUUCGUAUUCUCGGAGCGUCGCGCAGUAACAGGCGCGCAAGCUCGCCCCUCGGCAAAUGGUCCUCGCGAUUAUUCAGUUAUUCGGCAAGCUAUCGAGGAUAGCCUUUGGCGCAGCGAGGUGGUGUUUGCAUGGAGUCCGGUGGCCAAAAUAACGAGGCGCUCGGGAGCGGCUGCAGUUAUUUUGGGUGGCGCGCUAAUACGCCGAAGCUCGAUAGCGCUGGAGAGAGUCGGUCGCGCGAUAAUAUUAGCGAGCGCUGCGAGUGAAAAAGUGAAAAACAAUCGGUGAACGAGAGCGCUGGCUCAUCUUCGGAAGGGCCGCCGAGAGCCCUCGGCCAGACGGCGCGAGCGUGGCCGCGCGAAUUAGCCAGGCUAAUUUUCAUAUUUAUUUAUUCGCAAGCGCGCGCGGAGAGUGCGCGUCGGCGUUCCUUCAUCGAUCGCGCGGAGCCUUGUCUGCUGACUGCUUUCGCGAGCGCGCAUGCGCGCCUGCGGCUCUUCGCCUCCAAGGUGUC